AUGGUUUUGCAAACUCGGAGCCCUUCGUGGAUUGUCGUAUGCUCCAUCUGGCUGCUCCGCUUUGCACACACCGGGGAGGCGCAAGCUGUAAAGGAAGUACUACUGCUGGAUUCUAAAGCACAACAGACAGAGUUGGAAUGGAUUUCCUCUCCACCAAAUGGGUGGGAAGAAAUCAGUGGUUUGGAUGAGAACUACACCCCAAUACGAACAUACCAGGUGUGCCAGGUCAUGGAGCCCAACCAAAACAACUGGCUGCGGACUAACUGGAUUUCGAAAGGCAACGCACAAAGGAUUUUUGUAGAAUUGAAAUUCACCCUGAGGGAUUGUAACAGUCUUCCUGGAGUGUUGGGAACGUGCAAGGAAACCUUUAAUUUGUACUAUUACGAGACAGACUACGACACUGGCAGGAAUAUCAGAGAAAACCUCUAUGUAAAGAUAGACACCAUUGCUGCCGAUGAAAGUUUCACUCAAGGUGACCUUGGUGAGAGAAAGAUGAAGCUUAACACUGAGGUGAGAGAGAUUGGACCUCUGUCCAAAAAGGGAUUCUAUCUUGCCUUUCAGGAUGUAGGGGCUUGCAUAGCUUUGGUUUCGGUCAAGGUGUACUACAAGAAGUGCUGGUCCAUUAUUGAGAACUUAGCUAUCUUUCCAGAUACAGUGACUGGUUCAGAAUUUUCCUCUUUAGUUGAGGUUCGAGGGACGUGUGUCAGCAGUGCAGAGGAAGAGGCGGAAAACUCCCCCAGGAUGCACUGCAGUGCAGAAGGAGAAUGGUUAGUGCCCAUUGGAAAAUGUAUCUGCAAAGCAGGCUACCAGCAGAAGGGGGACACGUGUGAACCCUGUGGCCGCGGGUUCUACAAAUCUUCCUCUCAAGACCUUCAGUGCUCUCGCUGCCCAACUCACAGCUUUUCUGAUAAAGAAGGUUCUUCAAGAUGUGAAUGUGAGGAUGGAUAUUAUAGGGCUCCAUCUGACCCACCAUAUGUUGCGUGCACAAGGCCUCCAUCUGCACCACAGAACCUCAUUUUCAACAUCAACCAAACCACCGUCAGCUUGGAAUGGAGUCCUCCUGCGGACAACGGGGGAAGGAACGACGUGACCUACAGGAUACUGUGCAAGCGGUGCAGUUGGGAGCAGGGCGAGUGUGUUCCUUGUGGAAGUAACAUCGGCUACAUGCCCCAGCAGAGUGGCUUAGAGGAUAACUAUGUCACCGUCAUGGACCUGCUGGCCCAUGCCAAUUACACUUUCGAGGUUGAAGCUGUGAACGGAGUUUCUGACUUGAGUCGAUCCCAGAGGCUCUUCGCCGCUGUCAGUGUCACCACUGGCCAAGCAGCUCCCUCGCAAGUGAGCGGAGUCAUGAAGGAGCGGGUGCUACAGCGGAGCGUGGAGCUUUCCUGGCAGGAGCCAGAGCAUCCCAACGGAGUCAUCACCGAGUACGAAAUCAAGUAUUACGAGAAAGAUCAAAGGGAACGUACCUACUCGACAGUAAAAACCAAGUCCACCUCAGCCUCCAUUAAUAACCUGAAGCCAGGAACAGUGUAUGUUUUCCAGAUUCGGGCUUUUACCGCCGCUGGCUAUGGAAACUACAGCCCCAGACUCGAUGUGGCUACGCUAGAGGAAGCUACAGGUAAAAUGUUUGAAGCCACAGCCGUGUCCAGUGAGCAGAAUCCCGUCAUCAUCAUCGCUGUGGUCGCCGUGGCAGGGACCAUCAUCCUGGUGUUCAUGGUCUUUGGCUUCAUCAUUGGGAGAAGGCACUGUGGUUAUAGCAAAGCUGACCAAGAAGGGGAUGAAGAGCUUUACUUUCAUUUUAAAUUUCCAGGCACCAAAACCUACAUUGACCCUGAAACCUAUGAGGACCCAAAUAGAGCUGUCCAUCAAUUCGCCAAGGAGCUAGAUGCCUCCUGUAUUAAAAUUGAGCGUGUGAUUGGUGCAGGAGAAUUUGGAGAAGUGUGCAGUGGCCGUUUGAAGCUUCCAGGGAAAAGAGAUGUCGCCGUGGCCAUCAAAACCCUGAAAGUCGGGUACACGGAAAAACAAAGGAGGGACUUUCUGUGCGAAGCCAGCAUCAUGGGGCAGUUCGACCACCCAAACGUUGUCCAUUUGGAGGGAGUUGUUACAAGAGGGAAACCUGUCAUGAUUGUAAUAGAAUUCAUGGAAAAUGGAUCUCUAGAUGCAUUUCUCAGGAAACACGACGGGCAAUUUACAGUCAUUCAGUUAGUGGGGAUGCUGAGAGGAAUUGCUGCUGGAAUGAGAUAUUUGGCCGAUAUGGGAUACGUUCACAGGGACCUUGCAGCUCGCAAUAUUCUUGUCAACAGCAAUCUUGUGUGUAAAGUGUCAGAUUUUGGCCUUUCCCGGGUUAUAGAGGAUGAUCCAGAAGCUGUCUAUACAACAACUGGUGGGAAAAUUCCAGUAAGGUGGACAGCGCCUGAAGCCAUCCAGUACCGGAAGUUCACAUCAGCCAGUGAUGUAUGGAGCUAUGGAAUCGUCAUGUGGGAAGUUAUGUCUUAUGGAGAGAGACCUUACUGGGACAUGUCAAAUCAAGAUGUUAUAAAAGCGAUAGAGGAGGGCUAUCGCUUGCCGGCGCCCAUGGACUGCCCCGCGGGCCUGCACCAGCUCAUGCUGGACUGCUGGCAGAAGGAACGCUCGGAAAGGCCCAAGUUCGAGCAGAUAGUUGGAAUCCUGGACAAAAUGAUUCGAAACCCAAGCAGUCUGAAAACGCCCUUGGGAACCUGCAGUAGGCCCAUAAGCCCUCUUCUGGAUCAAAACACUCCCGACUUCACUACAUUUUGCUCAGUUGGAGAAUGGCUACAAGCUAUUAAAAUGGAAAGAUAUAAAGAUAACUUCACAGCAGCUGGCUACAACUCCCUUGAAUCAGUUGCCAGAAUGACAAUUGAGGACGUGAUGAGUUUAGGGAUCACACUGGUUGGCCAUCAAAAGAAAAUCAUGAGCAGCAUUCAGACUAUGAGAGCACAAAUGCUACAUUUACACGGAACCGGAAUCCAAGUGUGA